AUGAAAUUGAAACACUUACAUAAUUUAAUGGCUGGGUGCAGGCUGCGAGCAGAGGAGUGGCGCGGCGCCGGCGGAGCUCUCGACAGCAGGGUCGCCCUCGCACAAGCCAUAGAGGAGGCGGGUUGGAUGGCGAUUGCUGGCUGCGAGCAGAGGAGUGACGCGGCGCUGGCGGAGCUCUCGACAGCUGAGGAGUGGCUGGCGACGGCGUAG